CAGCAUCAUGUCGUCGUCGGUCUCGUCGGCGUCGCAGCUGCAAGUGGCCGACCCGGCACUGACUGCCACCAUCGAGGGCCUCAAGACAGAUACCAAGGACGAUGCACUGCGCCUUGUCUACAAGGUCAUGCCGCAGAAGAUUGUGUACCUCUCAAACAUCUUCCAGAACCCGGCAUUCAACCUCACGCUAGAGUGCAUCAAGAACUUUGCCCUGCCUGAAGCUCUGCAGCCGUCGGGCGUCGAGCCCGAGCACGAGCCAGCAGCCAGCGGACCGGCUUUGGCACGAUCCGAGCUGCCGCCGCUCAACGCGGUCCCGGGCAUCGCCGCUGAUGUCGUCGGCAUGGAGACCGAGGAGUCGACGAGCGGCGCUGCGGCCGGCGGAGGCGAGGAUGCGGGAAAGAAGACUGAUGAGAACGGCAAGCCUGCCCUCAAGGUCGAGCUCGGGGCCAAUGCAGGACUCACCGCGUCGGCGACCGGCACGCCGUCGAAGAAGCGCAAGCGCGCCGACGACGACGACGUCGCCUCGGGAUCGGUUGCCGCUGUCGCCGAGUACCCGCGCACACUCCCGGUGCCGUCGAACGCCGGCCUCAAGACCAUCCUCGCCAUCAUCAAGAAGGAGCUGCUCGAGCUCAUCUACACCUGCAACACCAUCAAGGUCUGGGUCCAGCUCAACAUUCCGCGCAUCGAGGACGGCAACAACUUUGGCGUCUCGGUCCAGGAGGAGAUUGUCUCGGAGCUCUCGCGCGCCGAGGAGUCGGGCCUCAACGUUCUCGAGUCCAUCACAAAGUACUUUCUCAUGCGCGCUCGCGUCGUCGCAAAGAUGCUCAAGUGGCGCCAGGUCGAAGAUUAUGCCCAGGCCAUCCGCGAGCUCGACGAGAAGGAGUUUAUCACCAUGAAGCUCUGCGGCCUCGACCUCCGCAACAACUACCACAUCCUCUAUGACCUCAUCACCAAGAACAUGGAGAAGCUCGCCAAGCCGCGUGAUGAGUCUGGAAUGGUCACCAUGUACUGACAAGCCUGCCACC